CAAUUCAUCUCAUCGCUAUUCACUUCCAACCCUUCACUUUCUUCACCUUCACUCCCUCUUACACAGAACAACAACGACCACAACAAAUCACCGACCAACGCCCCACUCCCGUCUUACUCUUUCUCAGAACUCGGACUCCACCCACUGUUAGUCCAACAUCUCCCCAAGCUAGGGAUAACAAAGCCUACUUCUAUCCAACGGGCAUCUCUCUACCACCUCCUGACCCCGAGCAACCCCAGCACACCCCCGCCCGACAUAUUCCUCCAAUCCCAAACCGGAUCAGGGAAAACCCUCGCCUUCCUCCUCCCAAUCAUCCAAGAUCUUCUACCUCUCUCCUCUCUAUCCUAUAUCGAUCGCUCUAUCGGAACACUGGCGAUCAUCCUUGUGCCUACCCGGGAACUGGCGAGACAGAUCUCGGAUGUGUUGGCGUCGUUGCUCAGCUUACGGCUGUCCCCUGCUGCUCCUGCUGGGGAAAGCACAUCUUCCACGAGCGGUGCCGGCACAGGGGAACGACUUACCCGCUGGCUAGUACCCGGUCUGCUCACGGGGGGCAGUACAAAAACACACGAAAAAGCCCGUUUACGAAAAGGCGUGCCGAUCCUCGUCGCUACCCCCGGAAGACUGCUCGACCACCUACAGAAUACCGGUUCCUUCAGCUGUGGAAAGUUGCGCUGGUUGGUGCUGGACGAAGCUGAUCGGCUUAUGGAUCUGGGGUUUGAGAAGACUGUGGAAGGGAUCCAGCGGGCUCUGGAGGGGAGGCGGAAGUUGGCGGAGGCGGCGGCUAGGGAAGGAGGGGAAGAGGGAGGCGUGGGCUGGGAGUGGGGUAGGAGGAGGACGGUGUUGUGUAGUGCUACUAUGAGGGAGGACGUGCAGCGGUUGGCGGGUGUGGCCCUGGAACGACCGGUGGUGGUGAGGUCCCUUGGGGAGGACGUCGGGGAGGGAGUGGGGCAGGAGCUCGAGAGGCAGGUGGAAUUGGGGAAGCAAAGGGAGCAGGGGAAGGAGAAAACCAAGUUCACACCCCCUGCUCAGCUGAAACAGAAAUACGUCGUCGUACCUCUCAAACUGCGGUUGGUGGCACUUCUAGCGCUGCUCAGGACGCUCUUGCGCACCGGGGGGGAGGUGACGAGCGGAGGAGGGGCAGAACAGGGGGGAGGAGGAAAGCGAAUAAUCGUCUUCCUGAGCUGUACGGAUGCGGUGGACUUUAUGUGGGAGCUGUUGGGCGGGACAGGAAUGCGCCGUCCAGGGGAGGAUGAUGAUGAUGAGCAGGAUGGACAAGACGACGUCAAGGAUGGAAAGGGGAACGACGACGACGACGACAACAGCAACAGCAAGUCCGACAAGGAGACCAAAAGCAAGCAAGAAGAAUUGGCAAAACAUUCCCCUCUACUGCCACAUACUUCCAUCUACAGGCUACACGGUUCUCUCUCCCUCCAAACCCGACUUGCCUCCCUCUCCGCCUUCUCCUCCUCUUCCUCCUCAUCGUCCCACUCCAUCCUCCUCAGCACCUCCGUCGCCUCCCGCGGUCUCGACCUGCCCCAGAUCCAGGCAGUGGUGCAAUACGACCUUCCCACAGAGGGGGGCGCGACGGAGUACGUGCACCGGGUGGGGAGGACGGCGAGGUUGGGCAGGAAAGGCGAGGCUUGGGCGUUUGUCGAGCCCGGGGAGGGUGGGUGGGUGGACUGGGUCGAGAAAGGCAUGAAUCGGGAGCAGGGUGAGGGCGAAGCUGCCAGCAAGGUCAAGGGGAAGAAGGGGGGGAUGUUACUCCCCGUCGGUGUGGAAGACGUGCUGCUGCAAGGGUUUGGAGGCAGAGGGUCGGAGUGGGAGGAUAGGGCUACUCAGGUCCAGUUGGCGUUCGAGAGGUGGACAGUGGGCAGUAAGGAGAACGCCGCCCUGGCACGCAGAGCGUACGCCUCCCACAUCCGGGCCUACGCGACCCACCCGAGCGAAGAGAAACAUAUUUUCCACGUACGCAAUCUGCAUCUGGGCCAUUUGGCAAAAUCGUUUGCUUUGAGAGAGGCACCG